CAUCGGCCUCGACCUCGACCUCGGCGACUCCUUCCCGACGAAGCAAAGCAAUCGAACCCGCCGCGCCGCCGCCGCUGCCGCCGCCCACGCUCAACGACGCGAUAUCUCCGUCAUGUCGAGGUGUGCUGAGUCACGAAAGAUGGAUUGUUGGCGUUUUCAGUUGAACCCAUAUGCAGCUCCGUUCGUGCCUUCCUCCAUGGGCAGCUCUGCAGCAGAAAGGAGCUUGAAUCAAAGGACCUGCUCCGGCAACCAAUCAGGUGAAGCUGACAAGACCGAGACCGCCGACAGAUCCGCGGAGUACGACCUCCCGGACUCGCUUUCCUUGGAUUUCUACGCCGAGAGCCUGGCCAAGCUCAACAUCUCCGCCGACUCCUCCUUGAAAGGAGACGCUGCUGACAGCGCGUUGCUCGAUCCGUCAGAAUAUUUGGGGAGCGAUCCGGACAUCCACCUCCCGAGCGUGGUGGCUUACCUCUCCCACAUGUUCCCCAAUGUCUCUGCCGACUUCAUUAACGACGCGCUCAAGCUCCAGGAGUUUGACGUGGAUCUAACCAUCGACAUGCUUUCUCACUUGUGUGAAGCUGAUGGGUAUGGUCAUUCUGCUGAACCCGUGCGUCAGGAAAAUGGCACCCCGAAGCGUCAGCAUUGGGGCACCGAGAAGUCGCUGAAAGGCGCCUUCGCCGCCAAUCUGCAAGAUAAAUGACUGUGCUCAGCUACAUCCUCAUCGCCAAGAUUGGGUGUACCUCCUCUAAAAUAGAGGCUGGAUGUAUACUAAGUAGUGUGAGUGUGAAGUUCUUGCUGCCGUACGAGGUACGAUCAUCCUGAAGAUGAUCUGAAGUGAUUCAGUCAGGGGCAGAAGCAACAAAGACCAAUGUCCUGCCUUGUUGGGACGGAUUUUAUUUCGGUUGUAAAGUCUUCUGUUCUGUCCCACCAUGCUUCCAGCUGCACCAUUUUUUAUCGUAGCUGUACAGCUCUUCUGGUGAUUUGGAAGUCAGGGAUCUUGUACUGUCUGUUUCUGUACAGUUGUACUGUCAAUCUAUCCGUCGCCUGUCAGCAGGUAAAAGCAACCAUUGGUUUGUGCUGA